AUAUUCAGAGUAAAGCAUCUAGUGUUUUGAUUCACUUGCUUUAUCAUGAUGGGAAACAAGCUUUUAUUCAUUUUCAUGUUCUAUGGGUUUGGCGCCUCUGCAAGAUGUCCCAAUCACUGGAUACGAUAUUCAAACAACUGCUAUUUGUUUGUCACUCGAUAUCCUAUGGAAUGGAUUGAUGCAAUGACAUUUUGUAAGGCCUAUGGAGCAAAAUUGGCAGAGAUAAAAUCAUCAUCAGUAAAUUACUUUCUUAAACAUGAAGCUAGACGCCUUACACGUGGUUCAGGAAGGUAUUGGCUUGGAGCUAUUGAUAUAUUUUCUGAAGGUGUGUGGAAGUGGACGAGCAGUAACACCAGGGUUUAUUAUUCCAACUGGGGGCGGGGAGAACCUAAUAAUGUCGGUUCUAAGGGUGAGCAUUGCGCACAAUUAUUCAGUAGUCAUAAAUUUGCUUGGAAUGAUGGGAGAUGUCAUGAAAGACAUAAUUUUAUUUGUCAAAAAUCUGCGUAAAGAACAGUAUCCAUUUAAGAUAUGGACUAUUAAAAAGCAUGGUUAAUGCAAAGUGCAGUAUAAUAUAAUUUAUGGAACAAAAAUCAAUUAACAUUACAUUGCAUUCUUAUAUUCUACCUGUCUUUACCGGAAUAAUAAAUGUUGCAUUCUUUAAAGGUUUAACUAAAAAUUGUGUCAGUGUAAAAUACUCCCAGUGUUAUUUUGUAUCAAUUUUUUUUUUUUUUUGUGUGCUUAUUUCUUUUGUAAUGUUAGAAUACUUUGUUCAUUUUCUUGUUAAAUUCCUUACUAUAUCCUUUGCCUUAAUGUUCUUGGCUAUCAAUUUGUCAAAAAUGUAGAUGUUGACUGUAGUGUGAAUUCAUUUAAUAAAUGUUGGAUAGACUAUGGCAGUUUUGAUUGUUUUCUCUUUUUUGAAAUAAAUACCUAGUACUUCAC